AUGACAACAAAAGACACACGACGAACAGACUGGCGGAAGCUCAAUUUCGCUGGGACGAUUGACUGGGCUGUCGACUUGCAAGAAUUCUCCGAGGACGACUUGACCAACACUGAUCGGCCUAAAUCCGGCCAAGGCUGUAUAUCGGGUCACGACAUGACGCUUGAAACUGCUGAAAUGUGCGAGUUUGCGUGUGCAUAUGGUUUUUGUCCCUCAUCCUUGUGCAUUUGCGAUGAAAAGGGAAAGCUCAAGGGUCUGCCAGCCGAGAGGAAAGACGUGAAGGGGUCGGCUUGGGACUGGUUGCACUUGGAUAUGAACAGGCUUUGCGCGUUUUCAUGCAGAUAUGACAACUGUCCACACGAGGUUUGUUCAGACGGCCUCACCCAGCAGGACGAGGACGAGGACGAGGACGAGGGCUUGUAUGAAAUCACACCUGGAUCUAACAGCUUGUAUGAAACGCGAGCCACGGCUCACAAAGAUUGUCAUGUGUUUGAAAUGGGCAGACUCAGGCAGACUUCGAUCAAUCAAUGCAAGGGCCAAUGUGGUGAGAAAUUAAGAGAGGCCGAGGCCGAGGGCAGGGUCAGCAACUACGGCUGCAUGGGGCUUUUCCCACUUGACAAGCCUAUCCCUUGGAUAGAAAUCAGCGGUUUCCCUAGCCGCAUAGCUCCAGGCAAAUGCGUCUGCGAUGACAUGCUAAUAAAUACCAUCGCCGAGUCUGUCAUUGAGGCCAUGCCCAUGAUCGCUGCAGCCGCGUGUUUUAUGCUAAUGUCGACGGUGAAGCUGGUAGUUGAUGUCGGAGCAAAGUUCAUCCCUGGAGUGGGCAGGGUAAUUGAUGCUGGCUUAAAUGUGGCCAUGACUGCUGCUCAGAUGGCCUCUUAUAUCUAUCCAGACGGAGAGGAUCCCGCGGGGGCCUUUAACUGGUGGCUUAGCCCAUGCGGUGGCGAGAGCAAUCUUGUGCCAGAUGACAUUAAGAAAGCAUUUGAGAUUCUAAACGCUGUUACUGACGGCGUAUCUGGUUUUAAGCCACCCAAGAAGAUAAAAAAAGGCAGUGGAAAGAAGGGUGACGACGGUAAUCCCACCAACCAACAGAAACCUCGCACGCUCAACAAUGGCGGCGGCGGCGGCGGCGGCAACGGGGGUGGCAGCAAAAGCAAUAACAAGAAUAACAAGACGAAGCCUUGCAAGAUUAGGAAAGGGUAUUCCACCAGACGACUCGGCCGUUACAAGAAUACCGUCCAGUUUCAAUCCUGCGUUCAAGACAAGACCAUGACGGAAAACUUGGUCAUCACCUCGGCACACUAUCAUGUCAAUGCCAAGCCCACCGAUGUAGUCAAAGUAUGCCCCAAGAAAUAUACCCAGGCAUGCUACCACUACAGUUCUGCUACGAGAGUCAGCCCUCAAUGGGCAACCAUUACCUGCCCUCCGGAAGCUGCCAAACCCAACUGGCGACAGGACGGCGAGGCGACUGCGACUUGGGCAGCACAGCAUGGUGGUACCGGGUGGAAAGAUAUAGCACACCGGGAGGAGCCCGGAUAUGACAGGGACGAGUAUCCACCAGCAUAUUUCCUGAAUAAGCAAGAUGACGGGUGGAAAUGGGGUGGCAAGCCGCAGGGCAAUGGGCAGCUCGUCCGCUUCCUUCCCGCCAAACAAAACCAGGGGGCCGGGAAACUUUGGCAGGGAGCUUGCUUUGAGGGACCUGUAGGGGACAUUUCAGACAUGGACUUGAUAAAUCGAGUUAGGAAUGCGCCAGCUAAACUGCAGAGCGUUGCCAAGGACGCUUCUAGAACCGUCACCAAAGCCGAGGUCACGGUUACCCAAAGACCACAGUGGCAUAUGGAGUUUGAACACACGGUAAACCCACUGCCGAAUGAUGGCUUGAACGAUAACCCAUGUUGGCCAUCCAAGAUUGCGCCGCAGGAUCCGGGCUUUGCUUUACUCACGUUUGACCCUUAUUACACCUCACUAUACGGAAAGGAUCAAACUAAAACAAAACACCCGUAUACGUACGAUGCGCCAUAUAACCCCCCAGCUAAUGGUGAGUGA